AUGUUAAGGGUAUUAAAAUUUAUACACAUCAAUCCGUUUUAUUUGCUGAUACUAUUUGGAUAUGGAUUGACUAGAAUUUCAGAGUGGAUAGCAAACAAAUCAGGUUCGUGGUCUUCAGUAUGGCACGUAACUUCACAAUGUUUAGAUCGGCACAAACCGAUUUCGUAUAUUUUUGGACUACCCAUUUAUGUUAUUACUAUUCAUUGGAUAUUCGCGGCAUUUUUAAUAUUGUAUGACAUCACUAAGUGUCCAACGUUUCUCGAAAGAUUUAGACAUCAAAACAGAUCCAUGGAUAAAUUGGACAUGAAGGAACUGACGAGUUUAGCAAAAACUGUCGUAACAAACCAACUUGUAAUCCUUCCAGCAUCAAUGGUUCUUACACAUUAUUUACUCAGAUUCUCAAAUGAUCUUCACUUAAUAAGCUUCUCAAAAGUUCCAUCAUUUUCACGAAUGUUUUACAAAUUUACUCUCUGUAUGAUGAUCUAUGAAGUCGUGUUCUUUUAUCUUUACUGGAUGCUGCAUCAUCCAUUACUUCAUAAACCAGUUCAAAAGGCAAACACAUCAAGAAACUCAAAUCAACAUCAACAACCAAUUGAAUAUAUACUUUUGAGCAUAGUCACACCAUCACUAGCUAUAUUUUUCACAAAGUGUGAUACAGUCACGAGUUUGUUCUUUUUGACGGCAAUUGUUGUGGGACCAAUUUUCGAGAAUUCCAAUCAUCAUCAGCUUAUCUCCUUCAAUAAUGAGUCCAAUGAUGAUUUUAAUGAAUAUUAUGGAUCAAAUGAUAUGAUGAAUAUUCUUCAUGGGACAUGCAAAAACUUUCUCAAGUCAGAAAACUUUGAGAACCACAGAGUUUUGCUGAGUAUGAAACCACCAAAAAGAAAAUGCGAUGAGUAG